AUGGCCAUUGUGCAAAACUGGUUACCGCCGUCGCGCGAAAACUGGGAACUCAUUUGUCGCAUCUGGGCGUACUUUCCCAUUGUCACGACGGCGCAAUGGGUGUUGGACUGGUACCCGCAGGGCAAGACGUCAACAGAGUCGCGGUGGAACAUUGAUGGUAAGAUUGGGUGGGCGACGAUGGAGUCAGCGGGGUUCCUGACGGUGCUGUACAUCAUGUACGCGCUACCCAAGGAGCUGGGGAUUGAAGAACUGCCGUGGGGAAAUUGGACGAUGGCGGGGUGUUUUGUUAUUCAUUACAUCUACCGCGCGAUUGUGUCGCCCUUGUUUCUCAACCCGAGCAUGUCGCCCAUGCACCCGUUUGUGUGGAUCAUGGCGUUUGGAUUCCAGGUCAUGAAUGGUCUGUCUAUUGGUGGGUAUCUCGCAGGCUACGGUCCGACGGAUCAGUACCACUGGGCCAUGCGCUCUGAAUACAUGUUUGUCGGCCUGGUUAUUUGGUGCUGGGGACUCAUGGGCAAUAUGUUCCACGACGACGACCUGCGCGAGAUCAGGAGGUCUGCGAACCGCAAGCAGAUAAAGGAAGCAAAGGAGUCUGGCAAGCCUGUGGAGAGCAUCGACAAGAUCUACAUGGUGCCCAAGAACGGUCUGUUCAAGUACGUCCUCCACGCGCACUACCUAUGCGAAUGGAUCGAGUGGGCAGGCUGGUGGAUGAUUGGCGGAUGGGCGUUCCAUCCAGGCCGGAACUUCUUGAUCAACGAGCUCGCGACAAUGGUACCACGCGCACUGCAGGGUAAGCGGUGGUACGAGAAGAAGUUUGGCAAGGAAAAGCUUGAGGGCCGGAAGGCAGUCAUUCCUGGCUUGUUGUAAGAUCUCAGCGUCUACCGGCGGGUCCUCCGCAUUUCGCUACUCGCGUUGUAGAAGAUGCUUGUCAAAGUUCUAUCUUGUAUGAUAGGCGCAUGGUGGCGUGAGUGUU